GACCACUGUCAUGACGGGUGAAUCGCACGCACUAUUGACAAUGUUAUAUAACAUGAGUGCAGGCACACACUGACUUACGUGAGGCAGUCCGGCUCAGGCGGCUAAGUGCUCAUCACAGCGCAGUCCUGCUCACGGAGAACCAAAGAUGCUCGCUAAGCUCACCUUGCUAGCACUUGUCAGUGCAGCCCUUGCAGGACCUCGUCGAGUGAAACCUAGGGCAGACAUCGACCAUGAUGCGGUCGUUAAUUUUGCUGAGACAGUCCCAGACACCACUGUUGGGAAGCUUAUGUUGAAGUGGCAACCGUACCUCUACGUUGUUGAUGGCUGUGUUCCGUUCCCUGCUGUCGACGACGAGGGUAAUACUAGCGCUGGGCUUGCGCCGUCCGGAUCCCCAUCCAGCGACUGCGACUCCAGCACAGGACAAAUAUAUGCGCGCGCUGAGUCCUACAAUGAAGCGUUCGCCAUACUGUACAGCUGGUACUUUCCCAAGGAUGAGCCGUCAUGGUUGGAGUCUCUAGUAGGCGUUGGCCAUAGAUACGACUGGGAAGGAAUUGUCGUAUGGCUAUCCGACGACACCGCCGAUGCCACACUUCUUGGUGUCGCGGCCUCGUAUCAUGGCGACUAUGUUACGUCUACGGAUCCUGAUCUCAGCGGUUAUGGGCCUUUGAUCAAGUACUACACCGCCUACGCAAUUCUUGACCACUCCCUAGGUUUCACCAGCACGACAGGUGGCCAACAACCCCUGAUCGCAUGGGAUUCGCUGCCUACAGUGGCCCAGGAAGCUCUUGCUGAUAAGAACUGGGGCGAUGCCAAUGUACCAUUUAUCGAUGCCAAUUUUGAGUCGAACUUGGCCGAGGCUGCGCUGUAGGGUAAAGGCUCUCGUGUAGCAUGGCCCAUCCACGGCAUUUCAUUAACAAAUUUAUGGCUAGUAAUAUUCGCUGGCAGGGGCAUUUAAGCAAAUCAAAUCAUGUUAGGGAAUAUAACCCUCUUGAGUUCUGA